GGUCCGCCUCUGAGCGCGGGUUCCUAGUUGACAUCCAUGGGCAGUCCUGCAUGCACUUCCCUUAGCUCAACCCUCACUUUCUCGCCCCAACAAAUCCCACCAACAAAUGUAACAAAAAAAGAAACCACAAGUCUCCCUCUAUUCUCUCCUUUCCAAGCCCCGGAACACAAAGGUGUCAUGGAUUUCUCAGCCCUUCAGGCCAGACCUUCCACAGCGGCCUACUUCCCACUCCACCGGACCCAAUUACACCCACGCAUGCACUCUUUCUCUUCGCCCUACCCACCACAGCAACAAAGCACCAAAUCCCAAAAAACCCACAAAUUGUUAGCCCUUUUAGCCACCCUUUUGACCAUCCCUUUCCUUUUUUACCUUUUUUCUACUGCCCGAAAGAUCCACCAUUCCUCCAAAUUUUCCAACCCUAAUACCCGUUCUUUUAGUGUUGUUAUUGAUUCGGGCCGGGCCGGGUGUAGAGUGCGGGUCUAUCAGUUGUUGGGGGAGGGGAAUUUAGGUUUUAGUAAUGGGCAGUUGCCAUUGGUUACUGGGUCAAUGAAGGUGAGGCCUGGAUUGGCUGGGUUUGCGGAGGACCCGGAUAAUGCGGGUGGGUUGAUUGAGGGCUUGGUUGAGUUUGCAAAAAAGAGAGUUCCGAGGAGGGACUGGGGGAAUGCCGGGGUGCAGUUGAUGGUUAGGGGUGAGGAAAUGGUGGGGUUGGAAGGGAAGUUGAAAGAGAGGAUUCUGGAGGUGUGUAGGAAGGUUUUGAGAGGGUCUGGGCUUGCAUUUAAGGACGAAUGGGCGCGUGUUAUUGAAGAAGAAGAAAGGGGUGUUUAUUCCUGGGUUGCUGUUAACUAUGUUCAUGGAACCAUGGGAAGUGAACCUCACAAAACUACUGGGAUGGUUGAGCUUGGUGGCAAUUCUUUGCAGAUUACAUUUGCCUCAAGAGAAGCAGCACAAGUGCAAUCUUCACGAAGGAUAAAACUGGCUGGAGUUGCUUACAACCUUCAGGCACAAAGCUUACCAAAAUUUGGCCAGGACACAGCAUGGGAAUCACUGCAUGAAUGGCACAGCUCAAGAGAUAUGAGCUCAUCGUCGGUUUAUAGGGAUGGAUUUGUUGGUAACCCUUGCAUUCCCAAAGGAUAUGAGGUGGCAUAUAAUAUAAGUGACCCAAAGCUUCUGCUGUCUCAUGGAGCUGGAAACUUUACUGCAUGCAGGCUUGAAGUUUUGGCAUUGUUGAAGAGCAGACAAGAGAAAUGCUUGCGUCCUCCUUGUAACAUUGUCUCCCCUUUUUUCAUGGAGCUACAAAGCAAGCCUGUUUCUCAAAACAACGUGUUCUAUGCUUCCGAGUUUUUUGGACUGGUUCCUAGGGUUUCUUUGUUUGAACUAGAGGCAGCUGGGAAACACUACUGUGAAGAUGACUGGGAUAAACUGAAAGAUCAGCAUCAUAGCAUCGAUGAUUUGGAUCUGUUGAGAUAUUGUUUCUCUUCUGCCUACACAGUAGCUCUGCUGCACGACAGCCUUGGAGUAUCAAUGAAUGAUAAAAGGAUUGGAUUUGCAAAUAAUACUGAAAGUGUUCCUUUUGACUGGACUCUUGGUGCUUUAAUCUUUCAAUCAAUGCUGGAGCCCCUUGAAUCGGAAAUCAAUAACCUUGAUGAGAUUGUUGGAGAUGAGUCAGUGACGUAUUUCUCAUUAUUUGCUGUUCUUUUAAUAGCUUUGCUCGCAGCAUUUUUUGUAUUACAAUUGCGAAAACCACAGUUGAAAACAAUAUAUGAUCUAGAAAAGGGCCGAUAUAUAGUAACUCGUGUGCCCAGAUAAUUUUGUCCCUCACCCAAUGUUCUUGUUCAUGCAAGAAUAAUUUGUAAAUUCUGCUGUAUCUUUCUGAAUUCUAUCAAUAAUGUCUAAAAUUCAUGCA